AUGGCUGACUCUGGAGUACCACCUGCUGAUCAUCACGUCGCUAAUGCGGCCUCACCCCUACUCAACCUUCCGCUGGAAAUCCUACUGCGAAUAACAUACUUCUUAAACACAGAAGAUCUCGGCAAAAUUCGAUUAUGCUGCAAACUCUCCGAAGAAUUGCUGCUUGUCAGCUUCACAAGAGAGUACUUUUCUCGCCGCCAAUUCGCCCUCUUAGAACCUAGUGUCAAGGCAUUCGUCGACAUAUCAAAAAGCAGAUUCCGCCAGCAUCUCAGCGCCGUCCAUGUGGCUAUAGACACACUCUCCGGAAUAGUUCAAAAGUCGCAUUGGAACGAUUCACAAGAAGGGCCUCGUGCGCGUGACUUUUCUGCUAUGGAUACGUUGCUUUGGAGCUCCGGUCAAUUGACAGAGUUGCUCGCGGAAGGGUUCAGAAACCUCCCAAACUUAAAGGCCGUUGUUGUCCGAGCGCAAGAUUCAAACAAGCGCGAAAGAGACUUUCCAAACACCCGAUGGAGAAGUUGGGGCGUCAAGACACUCACUGGCAGCUUUGAGCACCAUCACUUGCACCUUGCCCGUGAUGGUAACAGUGCAACAAAAGUAUUUCAAGUCGUGCUCAUGGCUCUUGCAAAGGCGAAUAUAAGUCUCGAUUACCUAGAGGUCAUGGCCCCCAUGAUCCAUGAAGAGGCAUACAUCGUGAGCCCAUACAUGGCUCCGCAGAUCAGAAACGUAUUGCAAAAUGUUAGCCGCCUACAUCUCUGGAUAGGAACCGAGCAGCAUCCAUUACGAGUUUUUAGUCCAGACCAAAGGACAGUGAUUCCCUCUGCAUAUUUGUGCGACUUUCUCUCAUAUGCACCCAACGUCACUGACUUGCGCCUCAAUGCAGGUCGCGGCGUGACAAAGGCAAUCAUGCUUGGGAUUAUGGAGCGAAUUGUAGCAGAAAUACCAGCUGCUGCCUCAUUGAAUUCCAAAGUCGAGGGUGACAACACCAAGUCACAUUGGGUUAUUCUCCCCAAGUUGCAAAUAUUAAGCCUCGGCCACAUGACCAUCUCAAUGCGAUCUCUUCUCAGCUUCCUGCAGCGCUGUGCAAAAUCGCUGAAAGACAUCAGUCUAUGGACGAUGGAAUUGGAGUUGGAUGAUGAAGAUGGGAACGUACAAAAUGCGGAUGGCAAGGAGGGUAAGCCCCUUUGGUGCUAUUUCCUACAACAGUUACGCGCUACCGACAUGAACCUUGAGCGCCUAAGUAUUGGGAGGCUUAGAGAGAGAAAGCCAGCAGCUCCGCAAAAGAAUGUCCAUUUCAAGGAUGAGGACGAAAAAGUUACAUAUAUAGGACCUCUCUGGAAGUCGUUUAUUGGCGACAUCCUGCCUCACAUCCAUCUCGUCGAUACCCACCCCGUGCAACUCUAUCCUGAUCCAGUUUCGCAGAGCGAUUCUGAAGGAGAAGAUGAUGAAGACAAUGAAGACGACGACGAAGACAACGAAGACAACGACGAGGACGAUGACCAAGACGAGCACCAAGAUGAUGGUGACGGCGAUGCAGAGCAGCAAUAG